GGAGAGCUCGAGCGAGCCUCUCGGCUUUCCCGCGCGGCGCCGCCUCCUCCUGCGCCCCCGCCUCCUCCGCUGCUCCGCUGCCGGCUUCUUCCUCCUCUGCCCGCCGGCCGGCCCCGUGAUGGCGACUCGCAGCCCCAGCGUGGUGAUUAGUGAUGAUGAACCGGGUUAUGACCUAGAUUUAUUUUGUAUACCUAAUCAUUAUGCCGAGGACUUGGAAAGGGUGUUUAUUCCUCAUGGACUCAUUAUGGACAGGACUGAAAGGCUUGCUCGAGAUGUGAUGAAGGAGAUGGGAGGCCAUCACAUUGUAGCCCUCUGUGUGCUCAAGGGGGGCUAUAAGUUUUUUGCUGACCUGCUGGAUUAUAUUAAAGCCCUGAAUAGAAAUAGUGAUAGAUCCAUUCCUAUGACUGUAGAUUUUAUCAGACUGAAGAGCUACUGUAAUGACCAGUCAACAGGGGACAUAAAAGUCAUCGGUGGAGACGAUCUCUCAACCUUAACUGGAAAGAAUGUCUUGAUUGUUGAAGAUAUAAUUGACACUGGCAAAACAAUGCAGACCUUGCUUUCCUUGGUCAAGCAGUAUAAUCCAAAGAUGGUCAAGGUCGCAAGCCUGCUGGUGAAAAGGACCCCUCGAAGUGUUGGAUACAGGCCAGACUUUGUUGGAUUUGAAAUCCCAGACAAGUUUGUUGUAGGAUAUGCCCUUGACUAUAAUGAAUACUUCAGGGAUUUGAAUCAUGUUUGUGUCAUUAGUGAAACUGGAAAAGCAAAAUACAAAGCCUAAGAUGAAACUGCAAGUGGAAUUUGGAAAACAUCAGGAGUCUCAUAGACAUCGCCAGUAAAAUUAUCAAAUGUUCUAGUUCUGUGGCCAUCUGCUUAAAUAGAGCUUUUUGCAUGUACCUUAUCAGAAUUUUUAUCUGUUUUGUAUUUUAGAAAUGUCAUUUGCUGCAUUCCUAAGCUCUUUGUUUGCACUAUGAGCCUAUAGACUAUCAGUUCCCUUUGGGUGGAUUGUCAAACAAUUGUUAAACUUGUGAAUGAAAAAAUUAUCUUAAAUCGCACCACUAUAAGAUGAAAAUAUUGAAGUUGUAUCUAAGAAACAUUUAAAGAGAAGAUAUAUUAGUUUUUUAAUUGGUAUUUUAAUUUUUAUAUAUUCAGGAAAGAACAGAAGUGAUUGAAUAUUGUGAAUUAUAUUACUGUGUGUUUAGAAAAGAAAAGAAGCAGGAAGUUUCACAUCAAAUAGAGCAUCUAAGACGUUUUGUUCUGUUGAAUAAACCUAUGCCCGGUAGUUAUUUUAUUAGUGUUUCAGUAGUAUUGACUAUUUUCCCACAUGUUCAGAUUAUUUCCAAGGAAUUUUUGUCAACAGUUCCUUUUAAAUGCAAUCAAAUAAAUUACAAAAAAAUACCA